CUCCGUUUUCUAUUCGUCUUCACCUUUUUGUUAGUGUUUAUUCUUUUUUUCCAGACCGUGUGGUUUCCUAUAAAUAUGCGUGCUACCAUCAUCUCCAUCUUCUCUCUCGCGACAGCCGUCUCGGCCGCUGGCAACGCCAUAGUCAUCAACAACUCACUCGAGCCACUCUACCUGUGGACUGAAGGUGAUGUAAUCAGCGAACAGCACACCGUCGCCCCCAGCUCAACUUGGACCGAAGCCUUCCACCGUGGAGAAGACGUCCCCGGCGUAGCCAUCAAGAUAGCAAAGGUCCAAGACGGACUCUUCAACGAGGAGCCGACGCUGGUCUUCGGCUACACCCUUGACCCGGAUCGCGUGUGGUACAGCAUAGACGCAGUCAACGGGGAGCCGUUUGAGGGACAAAAGCUCAUGCUCUCGAGUGUCGGCGGCACGGGCGACGUCGAGUGGCCCUCCGGCAAGGACAUUGGCGAGGAAAUUCGCGACAACGAGCCUGAUGCGGAUGUGGUGUUGACUAUUGAUCCUCAGUCGGGCAGUGGGUCUGGAUCCAAGCCUGCGCCUUCAUCGCCAGCACCUUCUUCGUCUGCUGCACCGGCUCCAUCAGCACCCACACCAACGUCUGCUCCUCCUCCAGCGGACAGCUCUGCUCCUAGCGAGGGAGAGGGAGAGGAUGGCAGUGAAGAAAAUGAGGGAGACGAAGAAGGUGGUGAUGAGAAUGAGGAAGAAGGAGAUGAGGGCGAGGAGGGCGAAGAUGAAGAGUAGAUCAUUCUAGUCAAGUAGAGUGUAUACUGUAGACGAAACUCGCAUACUUUUCAAAGUUCUUCCUCCAACAACAGCUCCAACGCGAGGUUAAUCAAAUAUAUUGUUGAUUGAAAUAGACCAAGUGUAAUAUAUUGUUGAAUUCCACCAAAAAUCAACGAGUCACGUUUAAUUCGCAUUUCUCUUCAAACCAGCCACUUCUCGCCUGCAGAGAGUUGAGGAGCGUGGGGGUCAGAUCUUAUCUCCAACCUCGCUAACUGCACUCUCCUGCCUGUUCAGGUAAGAAUUGAGAAGGCAAGAGAUGUAAAGGAGAAAAAAAAAAGGCCCAAGGAAGCGGUCAUCGCGUGUUUUUUCAAUGGGGUUUGCCCCCCCAGAAAACAUCGCAACGCCUGGUCCGUGCGAAACGAUGGGCUUGGCAAUCCCGCCCACACGUGGCACAAGAUUUGUACAAAAAUACAUCCACAUGUUUGACGUUAUCCGAAGACAAAUCCCCCUUCCCCCCAUUACCGUCGUUUGCAUUGUCUCAGUACACAAACAUGUACAUGUCAAAGUGCUCAGCAGUCCGGGUGACAUUAUCCUUCCUUCCCGGGCCGAACAACCAGCCAUGAUUGAUCCAGCCAGCCGCUGCGAAUUGAUCAACUCAGGCGUCGGUUGCUCAACACUACAUAGCCGCUGGCGUGGAAUGACGCCGGACAUUUUAUACCACACUUGACACUCACAAGCGGCGGGACAUUUUUUUUU